AUGGAAGCCUUGGUCUGUGCGUUCUCUGAGCUGCGCAUAAGAGAAGAUGCAGUGAGCUGGGCCCGAGGACCCCCCAGUAACCCCCGUACGCCACCCAACAUCUACGAGGGAGGGCUGGGGUCCCAGCAGCUGCAGUGCCCCAGUGCCCAGGAAAGCAAGCCCAAGAACUUCAGGCUACGGCACCUCCGGGGCCUGGCGCUCUACCUGCCGGGCCACAUUCAGCCCGCUGGCCAGUGCGAGAGCCACUGGUUGGGCCGGCUUAUGGCUGGGGGCUGCCUCCCACAACCCACAGGCUGGCCCCUGGAUCUACCACAGGGGAUUCUGAGCCCACCUAACAGCCAUCACUCAGCCAUUCUGGAAGCUCAACUGCCCAGGGAAAGCCUGGGCAAAACAGCUUCCAGUUCCAGCAUGGACCCAGCCAAAGGUGUCCCCUUCCAGCCUGGUCCCCCUGAAGGCUUGGGGGUCAGGCCCAAGAGGUCUUGGGGGGCCUCAGAGGAGUCCCCCUGUCCCUUGUGCAAGAGAACCCGCUCUGGAGCUGUAGAGAGGCUGUAGGGA